GCCCGCUGCCACGCGGGGCUUUUCCCCGAAGGAUGUGUCUCUGCUGAGAAACUGGAACUUUCCCUCUGGGGUUGGGACAGUCGUGCAAGCCUCAGCGAUGACACGGCGUGCGUGGGAGGGAAGGCAGGGUGUUGCAGGCGGGAGCAGGGCCCGGCGCACGGUGGGCUCCUCUGGCAGAGCUCGUGCUGCUGCGGGCAGCCCCCGCGGGCACCUGCCCUGGCCCGGGACGUACCUUUCCCAAAAGAGGCCCUAUUUAAGUCUCGUCUGAGAUGUGUACGAAAACGUCGUUUACAAAGAAGGAGAGCUAAAGCAGUCAGUUUCUCGGCUCUGUGGGUCUGCCGUGCAGCAUGAAGAACCUUACCAGGAGACUUCUGAAAGUAAAAGACCUUGUCAGGGAAGUGAGCCUUCCUUCAGAGGCACCGGGCUUUUGACUGGGAAUUUACAGGGGCACGUCCAACUGCGGAGGGAGCUUCCUCGAAGCGCAGGCAGCUCCCUAGGGACGGUCCUUUGCGGCAAGGACCAGGUGGUGCUGGAGAGGAGAAACCACAUGCCUUGUGCUACCCAGGUUCUUCUCAGGCUGUGCUGUUCACACAGAGCCUUUGCAGUCUGUUAUCUGUGCCCAUCUUCUGCAGGGCUCUGCCUACCUGGGACUUGGCAGCUAGGAGAAGGUAUGGGAACAGGAGGGCAGAAGUGCUUUCUACCCUCUGGGCACAGCCCUGCAAAGGGGCAGAGUGCGUGCAUGGGCAGAGAUCUCUGAGGGUGAGUGCCCGAGGUAGAGGAUGUGUACACGCAGGGACAGCAUCUCUCAGGUUCUGGGCGCAGGAGAGCAAGCAGCUUCUGCUUUUCUGGAGUGCAGCACUUUGAUUUAAUUUGUUGGGUGCAGCAUCUCAGGUUCUGGGCACAGGAGAGCAAGCAGCUUCUGCUUUUCUGGAGUGCAGCACUUUGAUUUAAUUUGUUGGGUGCAGCAGUAACAUUGCAGGAAAGGCGUCUGGGAAAUAGUUUUUACUUAAGCAGGGUUUAGAUUUGAAAUGCUUGCCUGCUAAAGGUAGGUAACUGACACGUUCCUUUCAUUAAUUUAUGCAUCAGCUACAGACAGACAAAAUAGGCUAUUUAUUUUUUCCUUCAAAUAUAAAUAAUUAGGUUUUAAUCCUGUGACAUUUAUUCAGUAAUCUGAUCUGACAGGUUUUGUUUGCAUCGAUCAGGUGUGUUUCAAAAACGGGCCAAAAUCUUUUCUAUUUUACUUUCAGAACUAAGAAUUCUUUAAAAAUAAUAGUAAUGGACUGUUCAUUGAUACUACUUUAGGGUUUCCUUUAUUCAGUUUCAAUAAAGCAAAAUGUGUUGGUUUCACUUGAGAAGAGUGCCAGCUGACGACGUUUAUCUUUAUUGUAUAUUUACUAGCUCUGUUGCCUGUGAAGAUUCUUCCUGUUUAUCUCCUUUUUUCAGAAGGGUGAUUUAAUAACAGAGUGAGUAAAGCAUUUUAAAUGGCGAUGCUGAUCCGUGCAGUGAAGUUACGAACGCACUGAUGGUGGAAUUAUUUUUUUUAAUUAUUGUUACAGUCUUAUACCCAGUAUCUGGAAUAGUGCCAAAACCCCAAAAUGCAACAAUUAUAUCAAAUAAUCUUCGUAGCAUUUUACGCUGGGAUGCACCUAGGUUUCACAAAGGGAAUCUAAGUUACACCGUCCGAUCUCAGAGCAUCAAUUUCCCUGUAAAGAGGUAUGAAAAUAUAAGCACAAACUUGAAAGUCACAGAGUGUGAUGUCUCUUCUCUGUCUGCAUAUGGAGACUACAAUUUACAGGUCAGAGCAGAGUCAGGAAAUAAACAUUCAGACUGGGUGACCAUCAGAUUCAAGCCAAUGGAUAACACAAUCAUUGGGCCACCUGAUGUAAAAGUGAAGUCUGAGUCUGGGUCCCUGCAUGUGGAUUUCAUAGGCCCUGUUGCUGAAAAUCAUCUUGAAAGGUGGUCUCUAAAGCAGUAUUAUGGCUCGUGGAAUUACAGAAUACUGUACUGGAAGAAAGGCAGCAAUGAAGAGGUGACUCACACAGAUACGAAACAUAACUCUGAAAUACUAUCUCAGUUGGAGCCAUGGACAAUAUACUGUAUUAAAGUGCAAGCAGUUAUCCCCGAACUGAACAAAACAGGGGAACUGAGCAAAGAGCUCUGUGAGCAGACAACCUACAACGGUGUAACUCCUGUGUGGGUAAUUGUGACUGUACUUAUAGGAUCAAUGUUGGUCGUUGUAGUAUCUGUUCCUGCUUGUUUCUUUUCUUUUUUUUACCUGUAUCGACUCACCAAAGAUGUUUUCUGCCCUUCAUAUAUUUUCCCACAACACUUGAAAGAGUUUCUGAACAAGCCUCCUAGCGGUUCGCAGUUUUUUACUGCACUCCCACAAGAGCAGCACCUUUCUUAUGACAAGCUAACUGUUAUUUCAGAAGAAUCCAAAAAUCAGAGUGAUGAGACUGAGGGUGAGGCCAGCAAGACAACAGAGCAUCUUCAGGACUCUGAACAAGAAGAUUCUGAUUCAAGAAUAAUACCAGCUUCAGAAAUGGCCUAAAUGCACUCAUACUUCACUCGGACAAAAAAAACCCCAAUGAGUUGUUGGGUUUGCUGCAUUCUUAAGAGAGUAAAAAGUUAUAUACAAAGAUGUGCACACAGACUUUUGACAGAGUCAUAUUUUUUUUAAAGCACAACAAACCUGACUAUAAAUGAAUUAAGUAUACGGAACUUUUGCCACUGUUUUUGGUGGCUCUCUGUUAAGUUGGAGCAAUACCUAGGACUGUGUUAUGACUUUAUAAAAGGACAUACUGUAUAUAUUAAUACUAGCUAAUUUAACUUUGAUUAUUUAUUGCAAAAGCUAAUCAAAAUGGCAUAUUGUAUGAGGUUUGUAAAAGAAAAUAAUACUUUGUAAAGAAAGAUCUGAUUUUUGUUUUAAUUUUUUUUUUUUAAUGAGAUCGUGUGUAUUCUUAAAGAUAUUCCUAGUGGCAUAAUCUUUCUAUUGAAUAUUUUUGUACCUGAUGCCAAAUUGUAAAGUUUUUGUGAUGGUAUGAACUCCAUAUGAAUAAACCCAACACAAAUAUUCA